AUGGAAAAGUACCGCGAGUUCGCAGACGCAGCCACAGGAAUAAACCCAUUUUUGCCCGUAUGGGUGAAUAACAAAUUGAGCGUCCACGAGAAGCUUCUAAAGUUUCUGCUCUUCCCACUGGUGCUGUGCCGCUUCUGCUUCCUCUCCCUGACGUUGAUUUUUAUGAUCUUCCUAAACAGUCUAGUGAACCUCUUCAUAUUCCAAUGCGUUAAGGAUUUUUUCUACCAAAUAAUACAGGGCAUUUACUGCCGGCUGUUGCUGUUUUAUUUGGGCUUCUUCUACAUGGAUGAGGAGUAUGCUAGCCAUAAGAGAGUGAAAAUAAAAUGUAUGAAGAAGAAGAUCCCCUUCAGUUAUGAUGACUAUGGCCACAUAUAUCUCUCCAACUUCACCUCCUUCGUGGACAUUUUAUAUUUAGCAUAUCGUCUCAAUCCGCUGUUUGUUAUUAUUAACAAAAAUGGAAGUCUCUCCCCCGUUUUUUUUUUUGACUUAAUAAAGCUAUCUCUGCAAUUUUCCCUUCCAAACAAAAAAGGAGAAUUUAAAAAUCUGGAACAAGUACAUGUCUUCGCGAAGAAUAAAAAAAUAAAAUCAGUUGUUAUAUUUCCAGAGGGAAUGAAAAGCAACGGCUCCUGUAUUCUCCUUUGGAAAAAUGAAAUUUUUACACACUCAGAAUAUGUUAUUAAAAAUAAAUGCAAUUUGAUCGCUUUUACUUACGAAACAAGUUUAAUUCCCAAGAAGUGGAGUCUCUUCUACACCUCUCCUCAUACCGUUUUCAAUCCCGUCCUUCAUAUCAUCCUUCUCUGUUUUAAUAUAUAUAAUAAAAUUAAAAUUGUGUGGCUGAGCGAAAAGGACAUUGCCGAAUCGUUACGCGAAUUUGACUUCUCCCACUGCGAUGAGCUUGUGCACUACUUGAGGAGCCUCAUGGGCCUCAUGAAGCCCACGGGCGGCACCCUCGUGAAUGUGAAAGCGGACUUGCUGGAGAAGUUUGUCAAGUAUUGGAACCUCACACGGGGCCGCGCCUACCUCUGA